GGACAGCUACCGGUCUCAGAUAACGUUACAUACUUUUCACAGUAACGUUACGCUGAAUCCAGAAAGUGGGGAAAACUUGCUACCCUGCUAACUAACCUCGAACUUCCAAGGCUUCGUCAACUUCAGAGCUGGUCGUUAUUCGUGGUUUGAUCGAUCACCUGCCUUCAGUCAUGCCUUUUCCCUUCGGAAAGUCUCAGAAGAGCCCCGCUGAAAUAGUGAGGACUUUGAAGGAGAAUGUCGCCUCCCUGGAAAAACUGGAUGCUGGGGACAGCAAGAAGUGUGAAAAGAUUGCAGAGGAAGCUUCCAAGAACCUCGCUUCCCUGAAGGAGGUGUUAUGUGGAACAGGCGACAAGGAGCCUCAAACCGAGGCCGUGGCUCAGCUCGCACAGGAGCUGUACAACACCAACCUGCUGAUCGCUCUCAUAGCGAACCUGCAGAAGAUCGACUUUGAGGGAAAGAAGGAUGUGGUUCAGUUGUUCAGCAACAUUGUGAGACGCCAGAUCGGCACUCGCACACCCACAGUUGAAUACAUCUCUACACACCCAGAGAUCCUCUUCAUGCUUCUGAAAGGAUACGAGAACCCGGAGGUGGCUCUGAACUGCGGCAUGAUGCUGAGAGAGUGCCUGCGCCACGAGCCUCUGGCCAGGACGGUGCUCUACUCCGAGGAUUUCUUCUGCUUCUUCCGUUACGUCGAGCUCUCAACCUUUGACAUCGCCUCUGAUGCCUUCGCCUCCUUUAAGGAUCUUCUUACAAGACACAAGAUUAUGUGUGCGGAUUUCCUGGAGAAAAAUUAUGACAGAGUGUUUACAGAUUAUGAAAAGCUCCUGCAUUCUGACAACUACGUCACCAAGCGGCAGUCUUUGAAGCUUCUCGGGGAACUUCUCCUGGACAGACACAACUUCACUGUUAUGACCAAGUACAUCAGCAGGUCGGAGAAUCUGAAGCUGAUGAUGAACAUGUUGAGAGAUAACAGCCGGAACAUCCAGUUUGAAGCCUUUCACGUCUUUAAGGUGUUUGUUGCCAACCCCAACAAGACUCAGCCCGUGCUGGACAUCCUGCUGAAGAACCAGACCAAGCUGGUGGAGUUCCUGAGCCACUUCCAGACGGACAGAUCCGAGGACGAGCAGUUCUGCGACGAGAAAAACUACUUGAUCAAGCAGAUUCGGGAUCUAAAGCGACCCACCACACCAGAGGAGCCUUAAAAUAAAAGUCCCUACUGGGUCAAAGUGAGUCCAAGAACACGCGUUAAGUUUUGAAUUAAAGUAUAAGAUAUAGGGAAACAUGUUAAAAUUACUCUCUUGGCUUUCUGGUUUGAUGCAGAGGUGAUUCAACCCUCAACCUAAAUGGGCCAAGAUCCUGUUAUUUAAUCCUCAGAGCUUCUUAUUUCAUAUAAGUGAGAUUUCUUUCCUCAGUUCUCGUGAAGUCGGACCUUAAACUGUUACUUUUCCACACGUAUUGAUGCUGGUGGAAACUCCUAAAAACAGCCUCUGACACGUUCAUGAACGCCACAUUCUCCAUAUUGUAGAGAUUGAAAUGCUGUUGAGAGUUAAAUAUAUUAUUUUUCUAUUAUAUUUUCCUGGUGAACUGCUUACUUUACCUGAAUGCUUAGGUUUGCUUCAUUAUUUGCCUUUUUAUUGUUUUUUUUUUUUGUGCGCUGAGACUCGAGCGGCCUUUAGAAACGCGGGCUUCAUAGCGGCCCGCUCAGCACUCGGUGUGCUUUUGCAGAAGUCAGGAUCGACUUCUGCAGCGCUAGCGUUCGCAGAAGGCAGCGGGGAGCCGAUCAAUUCAGUUUUUUGAGGCUGUGCCCCGCACCGCUUAAAUGACUGAAACGGAGAGAGAGGAUCUGCCACCCCCCCAAAAACCAUCUGGUCGAUUGAUCCGACCGGACGAGCUCUAAACAUGAGGGUUACAUAAUAAACAGUAGAGCAGUAACACUCACAAACAUGUAGAGCGGAAGUGACGCUUAAUGUGGUGCAGGUUUUGGCUGAAGCAUUUCCCCUCUGCCUUCAUUACCCAAACAAAAGCCUGAAAGUGGCGUUUAAAUGUACAGUCUUUAAGCAUAUACCUCAUGGAGUUUGCAAAUGCUGUGUCCUCUUUUAUUUUUUAUUUUCCUACUUGCUCUCUUAUGCAGAAUAUUUUAUUAAACGGCAGAAACUCCUGUGCAGAUUCAGACAUGAGAAGAUUGGACUUGAACAGGAAGUGCAGCCUCGUUUUUACAAAAUAAAGCCAAAUUUUCUUUUUUUUUAUUUUUUUUUAAACGUGUUCUGGAGGGUUGAGACGACUAUGAAUCUAAGUGUAGUUGUUUGUAAUAAAGUUUAACUUAUUUAAAGCAAUUUAACGGAUAAUCAUAAUUUCUAAUUAAACCAAAGUCAAAAUGGAAAAAGUGGUUUUAUUUUUUUAAAUGACUGACUUUUAGACUGUGAUGUAAGACGAAUAAAAAGGUCAGGAUCAGUUAUCUAAAUAAUUGAAAUAACUGCAAAUUUGUGGCCCAAUUUCCAUUUUUUUUUUAAAUAAUUCUUUGUUUUGUUAAAAUAAACAUUCCUAACAAACUGCAAAGUGGUUUUAGUCAAAAGCGUUUGACAUCAUUUUUGCUUUAAAGCCUAUUACUAUUUUUUUUAAAUAGCAUUUGGGUUGUAAAUAUCUGUACUAAUGUGGAAUUUGAGGUCAGUCCUGACAUGCACUUUGGUGUUCACAGCCGGCCCACCAGAGGGCGCUGUUGACAACAACUGGCACCUUGAAUUAGUUGUACAGAAACCGCAUUUUUGAAGCCUUAACUCUUUAAUCCCACACAUUAUUAUUAUUAUUAUACAGACACAAUGAUUGGUUAUUAUACUUCACAAUUAUUCAAGUUUUCAGUAUUUUGGUUUUAAUUCUUCAUUUUUGUUUCUACUUUGCUGCGUUUCCUUUUUUUCCCCUAUAUUCUUUCCACACUGGAUGUUUUAUUUACCAUAGGAGCGAUUUAAAGUGUACAUAGCUUCAUAAAGGAUAAUUAAAGUGUGAAAGAAUUCUUGCAAAUAAAAUGUUAUUGCAACUA